AUGUCCCAUACCCUGGGUCUGGAUCAAAUUUGGAGCUGGAAUGCUGAAGUCCCGGAGACUGUCCCGGGCUGCGUGCAUGAUUUGAUUGCAACUCUUGCCGUCCAUCAUCCAGAUGCCUUGGCUGUAUGCGCCUGGGAUGGCGAUUUAACGUAUUCUCAGCUUAAUACGCUGUCUCGCCGGGUGGCCCAACGCCUGAUUGCUUUGCAGAUUCCCCGCCAGUCUAGCAUUCCCUUGCUAUUUUCCAAGUCGCGAUGGACCUGCGUGGCAAUGUUGGCCAUCAUCCAGGCAGGUUGUGCUGCCGUUGCGCUGGAUGCCACGCAGCCAGAUACAAGGCUGCGAUUGAUUGUGCAACAAACACAACCGAAAGUGAUCAUUUCGUCACCGGUGCAUACCACGAGAGCAUCUGGACUGGCGGACGCUUUCAUCCUGCAGCUGGAUGAUGCCUUCUUUGACAACGAGAUUGGGGAGCUAACUGACGGACUCCCGCUCGCUUGCCCAUCUGAUAUAGUUUAUAUCUCCUUUACAUCAGGAACAACCGGUCAACCCAAGGGUGCAUGCAUCAGCCAUGCGAACGUGCGUAGUGCCGUCCACCACCAAGGCAAGAAGUUGGGGUUUGAUUCAAGAUCGCGGGUUUUUGACUUUGCCCCCUAUUCAUUCGACGUCGCAUGGAGUAACUUUCUGCACACCCUCUGCGCGGGAGGGUGUAUUUGCAUUGCGCACGAGAAAGAUAUGCUGAAUGAUCUGUCCGCCGCCAUCACUUCAUUUAGGGCUACAUUGAUUAAUGUGACGCCUACUGUUUUACGGACUAUAAAUCCCAUUCCACCUACGCUCGAAACGGUUCUGUUGAGUGGAGAGAUGCCGUACCGAGACAACAUCACUCGCUGGGCUGACAAAGUAAAAUUGCUAAAUACCUAUGGCCCAACGGAAUGUACAUUUAAAUGUGCCUUUUCUCUGCUUAGUUCACAUCUCGAAGGUCGCCCAGAUAUCGGCAGGGGAGUUGGUCACUGCACCUGGAUUGUCGAUGUCAAUGACAGCAACGAGUUGGCUGCCCCAGGGGCGACAGGAGAGCUGUUCCUAGAAGGGCCUUUAGUCGGUCAGGGGUAUCUAUUUGACCCUCAAAAGAGUGCUGAUGCAUUUAUCAAUGACCCUCCAUGGCUCCUAGCAGGACAUAACAACGUUCCUGGUCGACCAGGGAGACUUUACAGAACAGGGGAUUUGGUCAAAUACAAACCAGAUGGGCGGCUAAUGUUCAUGGGUCGCAAAGAUGCCGCACAACUUAAAAUUCGUGGUCAACGAGUGGAAAUUGGUGAUAUUGAGCAUCACGUCCGCGCCUGUCUAGACGAAGAUCUCUCCGUGAUUGCAGACGUGGUUAUGCCGCGUGGGUCCGACACGUUAUCAUUAGCUCUGUUUGUUCAGGCGCAAUCAGAUGAUAGAGAACGGGUUAAGCGCCAAAUGGACCGCUUGGAAGGAAAAUUACGUGAGAUUUUACCUUCCUUUAUGAUACCUACCGUGUAUCUCCCGGUCGAUGUCAUCCCGGUGGCCCUAACUGGCAAGGCCGACAGACGACGACUACGGGAGAUGGGCAAUGCUUUGGACUGGAAGCAAAUCGUCGAGCUCCAAUCGACCAUCGUAUCCCCUGUCGAGUAUCGCGAGCCGAAAACGGAUGCGGAAAGGCAGCUGCGGCACAUCUGGGCACAGGUUUUAAAGCUGGAGGUCAAUCGAAUCAGCACAGGUGAUAGCUUUCUGCGCUUGGGUGGAGACUCGAUUACCGCCAUGUAUCUGGUUGCACAAGCGCGGAACGAAGGGCUUUCUUUAACGGUUGCAGAUGUGUUCACAUUUCCAAUUCUAAAUGAAUUAGCAACCAAAGUCGAAAAGGUGGUGCAGGCCGAGGUUGUGGUUCCGUUUUCCCUGCUGACCGGGAAGAGAGGCAAGAGGAGCUUGUGUGAAACGGCUGCCACGCUGUGCGGAGUAGGGGCCGGCGAGAUUGAGGAUAUUUAUCCAUGCACUGCACUACAGCAAGGGAUGUUAGCCAUCAGUGCGAGAGGUGUUAGCGCCGACUAUACAUCACGCACCGUCUUUGACCUGCCAGAGGACACUAAUAUGAGGCAGCUGGAGAGGGCCUGGACAAGUACCGUUGAAGCAACACCUAUUCUGCGCACUAGGAUUGUCGAGCUACCGGGAGAAGGUCUUGUUCAGGUUGUCGUGAAGACCCCAGUGACAUUGCUUCGAUAUGAGUAUAUCCGCGACAUUAUGGCCACCAGCUCUCAGACUUCAUAUUUAGGGAGACCACUGUGUCGGGCCGGGGUAAUUGAAAAUGAAACUCCACGUCUAUCAUUGGAAAUUCAUCACUCGAUAUACGAUGGAUGGACCACAAUGCUCAUUUUGGAUACUCUUGAAAUGGCAUACCGGGCGACUCAAGCUUUCUCAGCGCCCCUUUCGUUCCAGCCAUUUGUCAAGCAUGUAAUGGCCAUGGAUACCGUAAAGGCCCGGGAGUUUUGGCGUAAUCAGCUCAGUGGGACCGAUGCAACUGUUUUUCCGCCUUCUAAAUAUUCUCCAAGGAAAAAGCUCGAUUUCAACCAUGUUAUUAGUGGGUUGCAAUGGCCCCGUACCGGCACUACUCCAUCUUCGGUGGUGCGGUCUGCACUCGCGAUAUUGCUAGCAUCGCUCACAAAUACAGACGACGUAAAGUACGGAGCUACCGUCAGUGGCCGACAGGCCCCUGUCCCAGAUAUAGAACGUAUCGCGGGACCAACCAUUGCCACAGUUCCUGUGCGGGUGAAGUUAAACUGGGAUCAGACGGUCGAAGGUCUGCUGCAGCAAGUUCAAAGGCAGAUGGUAGAAACGACGGAAUAUGAGCAGUUCGGCUUACAGCAUAUGCAGCGGAUCGAUGAGGACAUUGAGGCAGCCGCCCACUUUGAGCUGCUAUUGGUCGUCCAGCCAGCGCACCAUGGACGGAGUCAGAAACCUGGCGGUCUUUUCUCCCGGGCACAUCCUGUGUCGAUACCAGAUAUUUCAGAAGCGCACAGCCAAGGGCAUCCCGUAUUAGUGGCUAAGGAUGAGAGUGACAGUAUGGGGAGCUACAAUCCUUAUGCGAUGAUGAUUAUAUGUCAGCUGGAAGAAUCUGGUGCAGAGCUCAAGAUCAACUUCGAUUCCGGGGCUAUUGAAGAAGACGACGUGCAGAGGCUGGCCCGGCAGUUUGAGUAUCUACUGCGACAAAUGUGCUCAGAGAAGGUUGGCCAAUCUAAACUAAGAGAUCUCAGCCCUUUGACCAGCCAGGAUGUUGGUGACAUCUGGGAAUGGAACCGAGAUCUGCCACCUGCCGCUACUGAGUGUGUAACGUCCCUAAUUGCGCAGCGAGCUGAUACCCAACCGGGGGAAAUCGCCAUAUGCGCAUGGGAUAACGAGCUCACAUACCGACAGCUGCAGGAAAAGUCGAUUGCUCUUGCGUGCCGAAUGCGAGAGCAUGGGGUUACCCCCGGAUCUAUCGUUGUGCUGAGCUUCGAAAAGUCCUCCUGGUUGGUUAUCACCAUGAUCGCUGUUCUUCAACUUGGAUGCAUCGCGUUGCCUGUUUCUGCGCCGACUCCAGGUCAACGAGCCAGCCAGAUUGUCAAUGUUUUGCAGCCAACACUUGUCAUAACAUCGACCGCAUCCCACUUAUGUUCCUUUACUGGCAUGGCACCUGUUGCUACCAAUGAUGAGCUGAUGGAAAUUCACGUUGAAGAUAGUCCAGGUCUGCCGUUACCACAGAUCCAUUCCUCUGAUCCUGCACUUCUACUCUUUACAUCUGGUUCUACUGGAACGCCAAAGCCUAUCCAAUGGAGCCAUGGGACGCUAUCAAGCAACAUUACGGCGGUGCAAAAAUGCUUUGGAAUUGAUUCUAACAGCAGGGUUUUCCAAUUUGCAGGAUACGAUUUUGAUGUCAGCACCGUAGAAACGCUUUCGGUCCUCGCCGCAGGUGGUUGUGUUUGCAUCGCAUCUGAAUCCGAACGAACAAAUCGACUGGCUGAAAGCGUCAUUUACUACAAUGCGAACUGGAUUUGUUUGACACCAUCCGUUGCUGAAUCGAUUGCGCCCAAGGACGUACCGUCGUUAAAGACGAUUGCCUUUGCUGGUGAGAAGCUGCAACAGAGAACGGCUUCCCAAUGGUCUGAGUAUGUGAACAUCGUGUACAAUUGGUAUGGGCCAGCUGAGGCGUGCGUAGCCACUUCAUAUAAAUUUGAUCCCAACAAGUGGCAGUCAGGAAUCAUUGGAAAAGGUCAGGCAGCCUGUACCUGGCUAGUCGACCCCAAAAAUCCUAACAUUCUUGCUCCGGUCGGGGCAAUCGCAGAGCUAUGCAUCGAGGGUCCGAUCGUCGCCAGCUAUACAGGGAGCUGUGGUGCUGCCCUGAAUGAAAAACAAUUCAUUUCUCCUUCCUGGUUGCAACAGGGCCAUUGGAAGGUACCGGGCCGAGAUGGAACACUAUAUCGAACGGGGGACCUCGUCAAAUAUACCUCUGAUGGCUCCCUUCUGUUUCUGGGUCGAGCCCAGGAUUCACAACGCAAGCUUCGAGGACAACGCAUUGACCUUGAGGACAUCGAGCGUUUAGUUCAGGGGUUUCUCAAUGGACGCAAUAAUGUCAAAACUGUCGCAGAGAUCUUUACUCCAUCACUCAGCGACAAGGACAACCUGGCUCUCUUCUUUAGCUACCGCGAUAUGGGAAGCAAACCCACGUUGCCGGUCGACGAACUUGAAGCGUAUCUAGUGACAGUGCUGCCGUCUUAUAUGAUUCCGAAGCUGUACAUCCCCAUUGCCACGAUCCCCAUCGGCAAGACGGGAAAGACGGAUCGCCGACGUCUGCGUCAAAUCGGUAGCUCGUUCACUAUAGGACGGCUGGCGGCAAUGCAGCCAUCCCGGAAGAAGGCAAGGGAGCCCUCCAGCGAGAAUGAGAAGAGGCUUCAACGACUGUGGGCAGAGGUUCUUGGUGUCACCGUCGACUCGAUCUACGCAACAGACAAUUUUCUCCGUCUGGGGGGUGAUUCUAUCAUGGCGAUGCGCCUCGUUGCCCUGGCCCGCAACAAUGGAUCUGUGCUUACCGUUUCAGACAUUUUUGAGGCCCCCGUGCUGGAGAGUAUGUCGGAGCGACUUGGAAGAGGAAGUAGCUGUACCGAAGAGGUUCCUCCAUUUUCUCUUUUGAACUCACGGGUUGGCAAAGAGGAUAGCCGCAGGUAUGCUGCUCACCGCUGUGGGAUACCGGAGGAACAUGUCCUCGACAUCUAUCCCUGUACCCCUCUCCAAGAAGGUCUUCUGGCAUUAGGCGCAAAGAAUCAUGGCCAAUAUAUAUCGCGGAGUGUGCUUGAAAUUCAAGCCACUGUUGACCCAGACCGACUAAGACAAGCGUGGCUAUCCACUGUGCAGAAGUUACCCAUCCUUAGAACGUGUAUAAUUGACCUCCCUGACCAAGGGCUCGUUCAGGUCUUACUUGAAAACGCCCCGUGGCGUUUUGGCACUGACAUAGAUACGUAUGUGCGAGACGAUGAACAAGAGCCGAUGGGGAUGGGAAUGCAACUUUGUCGUGCUGCCAUCGUGGAAGGUAGCUUUAUUCUCACUAUUCACCAUUGUACCUACGACGGCGCUACCCUGAAGAUGAUCCUGGAUGAACUUGAACAUCAGUACCUUGGACAAUGUCACGCAGAAUUUACACCAUUUCGCAACUUUAUCAAAUAUUUGCAAAAGACGGACCCCAAAGACAGCACAGAAUUCUGGAGAGCUCAGCUUUCUAACGCUGAGCUUCAACAGUUUCCGGUCCUUCCCUCCUCAACCUACAUCCCACAGGCCAAUGAGGAGAUAAAUCACUCAAUUUCAGUCGACUGGCCGCGUGCCGGAAUGACGCCAUCAACCAUCCUCCGUGCAGCGUGGGCUAUCCUCGAAGCGCAGUAUGUGGCCUCGAACAAUGUGGUAUUUGGAGUCACAACAAGUGGGCGACAAGCGAAUAUGGCUGGUAUCGAACGCUGCAGUGGUCCAACAAUUGCGACAGUACCUAUUGCAAUCUCUAUCGAUUGGGGCCAGAAAAUCCAGACAUUCUUGGGCCUAAUACAGCAGCAAAGCAUCAAUAUGAUACCUCAUGAGCAGUACGGACUGCAAAAUAUUCAGCGAACGGUAGAGACUAUCGACUCUGCGUUAUUCCAGACUUUGCUAGUGAUUCAGCCGGUAGCCGAAGGAAAGAGCCUACAGGAUGACAGUUUGCUAUUUAAAGCACGACGUUUCUCAUCGAAUCUUGACACUCGGGGAACUGAUCCAUUCAAUGUGUAUCCGUUGAUGUUGAUUUGCGAGCUUACCGGGUCAGGGGUGAAAUUGCACAUCAGCUUUGACAAUAAGAUUCUCGAUCGUAGGCAGAUUUAUCGCAUCGCCUGUCAAUUCGAGACGGUCCUUCGACAGCUAUGCACCGCAGACCCAGAAGCCACAAAACUUGAAGAUGUUCAAACGGCAUCUGACUUCGAUAUCGCUCGAUUUUGGGAGAAAGGUUCCAAGGACCUGGUAGAGCCUCAGACAUCAGUAUCCGAAAAGAUUUCUUUCGUUGCAGACAAACAACCCGAUUCGAUCGCAAUCGAUGCCUGGGAUGGUCAGCUAUCCUACAAACAAUUUGACGAGCUGUCGACAGACUUCGCCUACAAGUUGCUUGACCUGGGUGUCUCCAAAGGGUCAACAGUCGCUCUAAGCAUGGAAAAGUCUAAGUGGGUUCCGACUAUGCAGCUCGCUAUCCUGAAAUCUGGCGCUGUCUGUUUGCUACAAUCUGUCGCCGUGCCAGAACAUCGUGUGGGCACCGUCUUCAAAAGCCUCGACGUAGUCAUUGCCGUGGCUUCACCAUCACGGGUUGACUUGGUAAAACAGUUUUCGAAAUGCUUCACUAUCGAGGAGGUACAGGAGACACCUAUCUCAUAUAACCCACUACCUUCUCCGAGAAUGACUGACCUCGCCAUUGUCUUGGUAUCUUCUGGCAGUACUGGAGAACCCAAGCAGAUUCUUUGGGAUCAUCGAACGCUGAGUGCAAACAUUCAGGGCGCUGGUGAGGUAUUUGCCAUGAGCUCGUUGUCUCGUUUGUUCCAGUUCGCGUCGUACGAUUUUGACGUUGCGACGGUGGAAACGCUGUCCACUCUGGCUUACGGGGGCUGUCUUUGUAUUCCUUCUGAAUCUGAACGGCUUAGUGACAUGGCCAGGGCGAUCAACCGGUUUGAAUCCAAUGUGCUCCACUGCACCCCGUCAACCGGAAGACUCCUUAGCCCUGAAGCAGUACCCACUUUGUCGACGCUCAUCCAAGCUGGGGAGAAGUUGACCGAAGAAGACGUGAGAAGGUGGAACGGCAAGUGCCGUGUUAUCAAUUGGUAUGGACCGGCUGAAUGCAGUUUAGCUGCAGUUUCCCCUGCCACUCUGCCCUCAUGGUACACGGGCGUAAUUGCGGGCCCUUCGGAAGAAGUUGAAUGUCAAUAUCUCCCUCGUCGCUGGCUAGUUGACCCGCACAAUUAUCAUCGUCUAGUGCCAUUUGGUGCUACUGGAGAGAUCGCUCUCGAGGGACCAGCAUGUGCAGUGGCUUAUAUUGGGAACCCAAGAUUGACCGAGAUGGCGUUUUGCAAGAACCCAAGGUUUCUCUCCCUUAGCCAGAAUGGAAACGAAAGAAAGCGAACAAGUCGGAUCUACCGAACGGGCGAUUUAGCUCGAUACGACAGCAACGGCAACCUGAUAUUCAUUGGACGCAAAGAUUCACAGCUCAAGAUACGAGGCCAGUUAGUUGCCCCGGAAGAGGUUGAACAUCAUAUUCGGCAAUGUGUGGACGUAGCGGAGUUACCAGUCGUCGUUGAUGGCAUAAUCGAGAGGGAUACUAGCCACCUCACAUUAGUGGCCUUCAUUGUGGCAGGAGACGUAGCCUCCAUCACAAAUGGUCUGAAUGAAAAACUCCAAAGGUCACUCCCUCGUUAUGCAAUUCCAUCUUACUACAUUCCCGUCCGGGGUAUUCCCACUGGCCCAACCGGUAAGGUCGAUCGCAAGACACUGCGGAAGAUUGGUUCUGCGUUCACAACGCAGUUGCAAUUCAAUGUUCAACAGAGAAAGCCCACAACUCCAGCAGAGGUCAAAUUACAGAACUUGUGGGCGGUUGCUUUGGGGAUUGAAAUGGGCAAGAUUUCUGCGAACGAUAGCUUCCUCCGGCUUGGUAACUCGAUUGAAGCAAUGCGUUUUGUUGGGCUCGCCCGUGAUCAAGGAAUACUCUUGACGGUGGCCCAGGUCUUUGAGAGGCCCAUACUAGCCGAUAUGGCUACUAUUAUUCAGAGCACGACGAAUGCCAAUGAUGGGCAGGUUGACCCCUUUACUCUGUUGGACAAAUCUGUAGAUAUUCAACUGGCCCGACAACAAGCCGCUACACUGUGUGGUAUCUCUGAAGAGAGCAUCGAAGACAUAUUCCCAUGCACACCACUGCAAGAAGGCCUCCUGUCAUUGACAACAAAGCGUGAUGGGGACUAUACUGGUCGAAACAUACUGGAACUUCGUUCUUCUGUCGACCCUGGCCGGUUUAAAGCCGCAUGGGAGCAGACAGUUGCGAGUAUUCCAAUUCUGCGAACGCGAAUUAUUGAUCUUCCCGGUCAAGGGUUGGUGCAGGUAGUAAUGGAAAAAACCAACAUGUGGACCGAGGCGGAAGGAGCUGAGGACUAUAUCGAAAAGGAAAAGCAGAUACCCAUUAGGUUGGGAUCACCUUUGAUGCGAUGCAGUUUAUUCGCGACAUCUCCAGGGCGAAACGAUCGUUUCUCUUUCGCGCUUACUAUGCACCACUCAAUAUACGAUGGUGUGAGCACAGGUUUAAUCCUGGAAACCCUGGAAUCGCUCUACCAUGAUACAAACCCUUGUGAAUUAAGCCCACUCCAGCCUCUUGUACAAUAUAUCAACCGACAGGAUAAGAAGGCCGAAUCCGACUUUUGGGCCUCGCAGUUUACCGGUCUCGAAGCAUCACAGUUUCCCGCGCUGCCACAUGCGGCCUACGAGCCUCAUCCGGAUUCGAAUUUGGAACACUCUAUUCGUGACAUCCGUUGGAGAACCGAUGACAUUACUCCGUCAGCGACAAUACGUCUAGCAUUCGCCACGCUCUGCUCUCGCUAUUCUCAUUCAUCCGACGUUGUGUUUGGGACUGUCGUCAACGGCCGCAGUGCACCAGUUCAAGGCAUUGAUAGAUUGGCCGCUCCCACCAUUGCCACUCUCCCAAUUCGCGUGAAGUUGGAUGGCCAUGAAAGUAUCCUAGCAAUGCUGAUUAGCUUACAACGUCAAGCAGCAGACAUGAUUUCAUAUGAGCAAAGCGGGCUGUCGAGGAUUCAAAAGAUCAACGAUGAAGCACGGCAGGCCUGUCGAUUUCAGUCCUUUCUUAUGAUUCAGCCACCUGAGACAAAGAUGGACGAGGGUGGUUUAUUCUCACCCCAACAGUCGUCCCCGGAAAGUGAGAGAGAUCGUUACCGUGGGUUCAACUCCUAUGCCUUCUCAGUGGGCUGCACACUGUUAGAAAAUGGAAUUCAACUGCAAUUUACAUUCGACUCAAAGGUGAUUGACCAUGCGACAGUGGGUACAAUGGCGCACCAUUUUGAGCAUCUCUUGCGGAAAGUAGCAUCCCAUGAGGUCGAUCAAGUUGCUGCCAACGAUCUCGAAAUGAUCACAACACAAGACUUGAGCCAGAUCUGGCAAUGGAACUCGCAGACAUACGAGAGCAUCAACCUGUGUAUUCAUGACCUUAUUGCAGAGAGGGCAGAGUUCCAACCGACAGGCACUGCUAUCUCAGCCUGGGAUGGAGAAUUGACAUAUCAAGCGCUCGACUACUUAUCGACCCAACUCGCCCAUGAGCUAGUAGAUCUGGGUGUUAGUCGAGAUCCCGCUCUGCCGGAAUCACGAGUCCAAACAAUCGUGCAACAAGUGAAGCCCACCCUAAUGCUGGCGUCACCCGCGAAUGAAUCACUUGGUUCCUCUAUGGUGGAUCAAGUUAUCGUAGUGAGCCAUGAUUCAAUGCGCUUGGUAUCUGAGAGAUGUGAAAGGACCACACCACUACCAUCUGUACAUCCAUCGGACCUGCUCUAUGCUGUGUUUACAAGUGGAAGCACUGGAACUCCCAAGGGUGUUCUCAUUCAGCAUCGCCACUUCUGCAGUGCCAUUUUCCAUCAGCAAUCGGUGUUCAGGCUUGGCCCCUCGACCAGAAUGUACGACUUUUCUGCACCCUCGUUUGAUGUGACCUAUGGAGCCGUUCUGCCUACUCUCGUAGCAGGAGGCACAGUGUGCAUACCUAGUGACGAAGAGAGAAAAAGCAAUUUGGCUGAGAGCUUGCGCCGCUUCAGAGCGACAGAUACACUAUUAACCCCAUCUAUAGCUCGCUGGCUUGACCCCAGUUGCAUCCCAACGCUACGAAAUAUAUAUCUCGGCGGGGAAGCCCCCACGCAUGAUGAUCUCGCGCUGUGGACUCCCCAUGUUACCACUGUCAAUUGCUAUGGCCCGGCGGAAUGCUCCGUUGGCACACUCUACUGGAAGGCUCCCAGCCCCAUCCCAUCCAAGAUUCCAAUUGGCAAAGGAUACGGUGUAUCAACAUGGGUUGUCGACCCACAAUCGAGCGAGCGCCUGUCGCCCCUUGGAACCGUCGGGGAGCUAUACCUUGAAGGUCCCCUGGUUGGACAGGGUUAUUUCAUGGAUGAGGAACAGACCGCCUCUGCGUUCAUUGAAAGCCCAUCUUGGCUGCAGAGGGGUGACCCCAGCGGUCGGGUUCCUGGCAGAGAUGGGCGGCUAUAUAGGACCGGUGACCUAGUCAAGUACGAUCCGGUUGAUGGGACAUUAGUUUUCAUCGGAAGGAAAAAUACCCAGGUCAAGCUCCGAGGGCAACGGAUAGAGCUGGGGGAAAUCGAGCAUCAUCUCCGACAAGUCCUCGCUGAUAUGUCCAUCGAGGCCUCUGUUACUGCGGAAGUGGUGACCCCAGAAGUGACCGGACGGGCUGCUCUUGUAGCCUUUAUCGAGUCGAACCCGGCAAGAAUUUCCAAGAUGUCGGACAAUCUGGAGAACAGAAUGGCAGCACGAGUGCCCACCUAUAUGGUUCCAGUCACAUUUGUCCCGAUCAAUCCAAUGCCAUUGGCUCCCAGUGGCAAGACAGAUCGCAGGCGUCUGCGAGAGAUUGGAUCACAAUUCACAUUGGAGCAGCUUGGUGGAGGACGGCGAGCAAACGGCACGUCUCCAUCUACAGAACAGGAGCGUUUGCUACAGAAAUGGUGGACAUCAGUGAUCGGAGUUCCAGCUGAUCAAAUUUCUAUCGAUAGUAGUUUUCUUCGACUUGGUGGCGACUCCAUUUCUGCAAUGCGUUUAGCCUCCUUAGCUCGCAGUCAAGGUAUUUCUUUGACUGUACAAAAGAUUUUAAAUCAGCCCCGUCUAUGCGAUAUGGUGAAGACAAUGGUUCCGUUGGAUCUAAAUCGAGAUGAUGCUGGCCAGGCCGGGGUCACCCCGUUCUUGCUUUUGAAGCAUCCAGAGGACAAGGAAGUUACCCUCGAUUAUAUCUCUCAGCAAUGCAAUAUCAGCAAGUCGGAGAUCCAGGAUGUAUUUCCCUGUACUGGAGUGCAAAAGUCCCUGUUAUCUAUGACGGCAAAGAGUGACACUUCGUACAUCGCCCGGUUUCCCCUUCGAUUGACAGAGAACGUCGACAUACCUCGCCUUAAGAGAGCAUGGGAAGAAAUCAGUCGAACUAAAGCUCCUAUCCUCCGUUACCGCAUUGUGGAUACGCCUACAGAAGGCCUGGUGCAGGUUGAGGUAAACGAGUCUCUGGAAUGGGGGACGGGUGAUAAGGUGUCAGCAUACAUCCAGCAAGACCAACGACCCAUGGGCCUCUCCACCCCUCUUACUCGCCUAGCCAUCGUCGGAAAUUCCGCGGAAAACGACCUCUACUGUCUUCUUACCCAGCACCAUGCGAUCUACGACGGUUAUUCGUUGAACAUUCUGACCCAGGAGGUAUCGAGAGUCUACACAGGACUGGUACACCACACACCCGUUGCACCCUUCCAGGCCUUUAUUAAGCACAUCAUGGACAUCGACCAGGAGAAGGCCCGAGAGUAUUGGCAGAAUCAAUUUGCAAACUCCGAAGCAGUUCCCUUUCCACCCCUACCAUAUGAUGACUACCGUCCCAAAGCCGACAGCACUGUCAGGCGUGAGUUUGUAGGCUUCCACUGGUCUAAACGGGAUGCAACGGCUUCAACCAUUAUACGGGCGGCAUGGUCGAUCCUAACUGCUCGCUACACAGAUACUGACGAUGUGGUUUUCGGCACCCUGGUCACUGGGCGGCAGGGCCCUCUGCAGGGCCUUGAUCGAAUGAUUGCCCCUCUCAUCAACGCUGUCCCUGUGCGAGUGAAGUUUGACCCGGAGCAAGACAUGGAAAGCUUUCUCAACGCCAUUCAGCAGCAGUCCAUUGAUAUGAUUGCUUACGAACAGACGGAAUUGCUAGAUAUCCGACGCAUCAAUACGGAUACAGAACGGGGUAGUCGAUUUAAUACCCUUCUUGUGGUACAGCCUGCCCAGCAAUGCGCUGACAAUAAACUAAUCGACGGCGGCCCCUUUGAUCAGAGCAAAAUAGGCUCUGCUAAUGAGGAGUUGGAUGACUACAAUCCAAAUGCAGUCAUGAUUCUGUGUCAGCUGACCGAAGACAAUGGGCUGAGUAUGGAGAUCAGCUUUGAUUCCAAAGUCGUGGACGUGGCACAGAUGGAACGGAUCGCAUCACAGUUUGAACAUGUCCUGCAUCAAGUAGCCAUCUUAAGCACCGACUCUGUCGCGUCAAUUAAUGUUGUCAGUCCACAGGAUAUUACGCAACUGUGGCAGUGGAAUGCGGCGGUUCCUCAGGCGAGACAAAGGUGUGUAUAUGAACUUAUUGGCGACACUGUCAAACGGCAGCCAGAAUCCCCCGCUAUAUGCUCUUGGGACGGUCAGCUGUCAUAUACGGAGCUCGAUAUGCUUUCAACUUCUUUAGCAUCUCAACUUGUCGCUCUUGGGGCUAAAAGAGGGGCGAUUAUUCCACUCUGCUUUGAAAAGUCCAUGUGGCACUCGGUGGCCGCUUUAGGAGUAAUGAAAGCCGGUGCUGCAUGUGUCGCGGUUGACCCAACACAGCCUGGAUCGCGACUCCAAUCAAUGAUACAACAAGUGUAUCCGAAGUUCAUUCUCACAUCAUCCAAGAAUUAUGAUCUUGCUAGUAGUCUCUCUGAUGCAAAGGUGGUGAUUGUCGACCGGCACCACCUCCGUGUCUCUCCCGUUAUUCAUAGCGAAGCUCCAUUGCCACAGGCUCAUCCAUCAGAUACAAUAUACGUUGUUUUCACCAGUGGCUCGACCAGUACACCGAAGGGUGUUGUGACUACUCAUCAAAAUUUUGCAUCUGCAGCAACACAUCAGCAAGAAAGUUUGCAUAUUCGGUCUUCUUCACGGGUAUUUGAUUUUGUCUCAUACAACUUUGACGUUUCAUGGUCCAACCAUCUGCAGACCCUGAUCUGCGGGGGCUGUCUAUGCAUUCCGUCCGAAUCAGAACGAAGGAACGAUAUCCCCGGUGCUUUCAAUCGCAUGAAGUGUGAUUAUGUCUACUUUACGCCGUCUGUUGCUCGCUCUCUGGAUCCAUCAUCAAUGCCAGGACUUAAAUGCCUCGCCAUGGGAGGAGAGCCCAUCCAAAAGUCCGACGUGGUGCGUUGGCCUCAAGCAGAGGCUACAAUUGGCAUUUACGGACCGGCUGAAUGUGCUCAAGCUCUGUCGUUUAUUCGUCUCGAUAAUAAUUGCCAUAAUAACCAUGUUGGACUGCCAUUUGGUGCAAAUAUGUGGCUGGUUGAGCCAGGAUGUCCGGAUCGCCUCGCCGCUAUCGGCGCAAUUGGUGAGCUCCUCAUUGAGGGCCCAACAGUCAGCCAAGGGUAUUUCGCAGACCCAGACAAGACCACAGCAGCAUAUAUCAAAGAUCCCUCUUGGCUCCUGCAAGGCACGUCUGCGCACCCAGGACGAUCGGGGACGUUAUACAAGACUGGUGAUCUUCUGCGCUACAACUCCGAUGGGUCAUUCGACUUUAUCGGUCGGAAAGAUGGAAUGAUCAAGUUGCGAGGUCAACGAAUCGAGUUAGCAGAAGUUGAAUACCACGUGCGCGUUUGUCUAGGAGAUGCAAACCUUUAUGAUGGUGUUGCAGCCGAGAUUAUCAGACCACAGAAUGGCAAUCCUCUAUUAGCUGUCUUCAUUAGCCUCGCGGAUAGCAUCAGAGAAUCCACUCAGCAUCCAUCCGCCUUUACCGAGCUCAUUGAAACCCUGGAGCAGAGGCUUGUCGAUCGUUUACCCCAAUAUAUGAUACCCGGCGCUUAUAUUCCAGUCGACCAAAUCCCAAUGACGACAACAAACAAAACCGAUCGUCGAGCCCUUCGCGAGCUGGGCAAUGCGCAAACUUUGGAGAGGCUAGCUGAACUCCAAUCUCAUGGCCAAAAACAUCGUGAACCAUCCACCGAGUUGGAGAAGAGGCUGCAAGUCCUCUGGUCCUCUGUGCUCGGUGUGGAACCUGCCAGUAUCAGCGCUGACAGCAACUUCCUACGUAUCGGUGGUGAAUCUAUCGCUGCUAUGCGACUCGUUGCAGCUGCACGGCUACAGAGCCUUUCACUCACCGUGGCACAAAUAUUCAGAGCCCCUCGUCUAUCCCAGAUGGCCUUGUUGGUUACGAAGACGACGGAGGAAGAUGAAGCGUCGGAGCCCCAGCCGGCAUUCUCGUUUCUGAAAAAGGAUGAUCACAAGACAUUCCUCCAAGAUCAUGUCGAGCCAUUCUUGUAUGACGAUGCAUAUAUUGUCAAAGAUGUCAUUCCUUGUACCGACUUUCAAAAACGGGCAGUCAUAGACGCGCUGCAGGAUCCCCCUGGGAGACUGCCGAUUUGGAUCUUCGGGCUCCCCCACAAUGUUGACUUUGCCCGACUGGAACGGGCGUGUAAAGCACUUGUCAAUCAUUUCGAUAUACUUCGUGCAGUAUUUAUUGAAGCGGAUGGUCGGUUCUGGCAAGUUCUUCUGGAUGGAUUCAAGCCUAUCUAUGAUACCUUUGAUGUUGAUGAUGAUUUGGAGUCUUUCACUCGUAAACUCUGUGAAGAAGAUCUCAAGAGACCACGCCAGUUAGGACGGUCCUUCAUUCGCUUUAUGGCUAUCCGACACCAAGCUGGAAAGCAUCGUCUGGUCUUCCGAAUUGCACACGCCCAAUUCGAUGGAUAUACCUGGGGCAUGAUGAUCCAAACUUUGGCAGCCCUUUACCAUCAACAGUCACUGCCAACACAGCCUACGUUUCGCCAAUUCAUAGCGUUCAACGAGCGCAAGAAAGCACAAAGUCUCCCAUACUGGUCAUCAAGACUCCGGAACUGCUGCCAUCCCAGCUGGAGUCCAGCCAGUGGUAUUGAUGCGGUAUACCACACUUCUGAUCGAAUGACAGUAACAACAUCCUUCCCAAUGCCCAACAUCCAGCGCCACGAAGGAAUCUCCAGCGCAACCUUCUUCCACGCAGCCUGUGCCAUUGCCCUCUCCCAACAAUUCGGACAGGAAGAUGUGGUCUUUGGUCGUCUAGUAACGGGGCGCUCCAUGCUCCCUGCGAGUCUACAAAACGUCGUCGGUCCUACCAUGACUGAAGUGCCGAUCAUUGCAUCCAUCAGUCUCAACGACACAAUCGUAACUGUCGCACAGCGGUUGCAAGCCCAGUUCAUCGAUCACUCCGCCCAUGAAUCUCCAGGAAUGGAGGAAAUUAUUCGAAACUGCACCGACUGGCCGGAGCAGGUGGUCGACUUUGGUUGGCGAACGGCAUUCCAGCAGGAAGAUGAAAUGGAAUUCAAGUUUUUAGACUCCGAAAGCACGAUUACUGUUCACGAACAUGAUCUGCUUCCUCGAGGGCGCCCAGAGAUUUAUGCCACACCACGGAACGGAUGGUUACAUUUAGAAUUUGAAGGAAACCGACGGCUUCUCAGCGAGGAUACUGUACGAGAGGUGUUUGCUCGGAUCCAAAGAAUUUUGGGUGACGUGUAG